AUGACAUCAACCGCCACAAAGUGGAUAUCUCUCCUCGUCCUCUUGCUCCUCAUCGUGUUGCUCCUCCACCGCCCCCCAGCCGAUCCGACUUCGGCUCUUGAUUAUAUUUUGGACGAACUCGACCUCUCUGCUUUCACAGGAGUAGCCAACACCUUCAAUGCGAGUCCAACAUGUACCCGUGAAUGGACCCUUCCUCCUAGUCAGGACUGGCCGGUGUUACGCAGUAAGGAUGGCUGUGGUGAACUAUAUGGCGAAACACCCUCACUAGAGGUCUGUCGAUUUAUAGCCGGUAAAAGGCUUCUUUUUGUUGGUCCAGAUACAACGUAUCAUCUUCAUUCCGUCUGGCUUCAAAGGCUCGAGUCCCAUGAAAAUCGUUCUCACCACUGCCUGGGACGCGACUAUUGUACUUUUCAUCAUAUAUGCCGUCCGUCAGCCUCUGCCGUUGAUGACUUAGAGGUGUUCAUUGGGAGAAAAAAGAAAUUCCCUAGUCGCAAUACACUACGGGAACAACGUUCGUCGGUCCUUCAAUAUGCACUUUCGACCACACUGUAUGCAUCUUAUAACGAAGAAGAUGACGCAUACAUGGUCCCGACCGUCGAUGUAGAAACGGGUAUCCGCAUAGAAAACAGUUUUUGGCUUCGUCAGGCACGAAAGGCUGAUAUCAUCGUUCUCAAUCGCGGGCCUUUACCUGCUCCAGCUUCUACUUAUCUUGCUGCAGGAUGGGCUUUUGCACUCGAACUAUGCGCCAGUGUCAAUUACCUGCAUCCCACACCCUGUAAUGUGAACCUAGAGCACACCUUGGUCAACGCUGCUUUGCACGCGACUAUCAAUUCGUUCUUCCCUGCACUGUUACGUACCCUUCGGGUGAUCUCCAAUGAUCUGGAAAUUUCCAAGUCUCUCAUACUAUGGCAUGGUACUUGGUUUAUACAACCUCUCUGUGCGGUAUUGGGCCUUCCCAAGCGAUUCCCACUUGUUCGUAACCUAUACUCAAAUAGCAAACCCCCCAAUUCAAUCGACGCAUGGAGUCUGUACUACAACUCGCAAGGUAUGGGACAGACUUCAGUUGCGAAAUAA